CGCUGUUCAGGAAGAAAAACAUCCAGCUGUUAUCAAAGCAGCGAGAUCUCUGGCUAGCUUAGUAGUUUGUUCAUCAUUGACUCAGGAAUGAGACGGCGUUGAGAGUCAGCAAUAAACUGGUGUUUUAUCAUGUUGUGUCCGGAGUAGUGACUGUUAACACUAUUCCCCAGGGAAUAUAUUUCUCGACUUUCUUCCGGCCCGGGUGUUGAAACAAGGUGUGAAUGAGUGACGUGGUGCCUCCCACAGCUCUCAGUGAAGUCCAACUCCGCUUCCUCUGCCACAAUGACAUAGAGAAUGUCAAGCUGCUCUGUGGUGAUUGGUUCCCAAUCGAGUACCCAGACUCAUGGUAUCAGGACAUCACCUCCAACAAGAAGUUUUUCUCCCUCGCUGCCACCUUCAGAGGAGACAUCGUGGGAAUGAUAGUGGCUGAGAUUAAAGGCCGGACUAAAGUACACAAAGAGGAUGGAGACAUCCUGGCCUCCAGUUUCCCUGUGGACACACAGAUAGCCUACAUCCUCAGCCUGGGAGUGGUCAAAGAGUUCAGGAAACAUGGCAUAGGCUCUCUCCUGCUGGACAGUUUGAAGGAGCACAUCUCAACGACAGCCCAGGACCACUGUAAGGCUAUCUACCUGCAUGUUCUCACCACCAACAACACUGCCAUCCACUUCUAUGAGAACAGGGACUUCAGGCAGCACCACUACCUACCCUACUACUACUCCAUACGAGGUGUUCUCAAAGACGGAUUCACAUAUGUGCUCUACAUCAAUGGGGGUCAUCCGCCCUGGACAAUAUUUGACUAUAUCCAGCACAUUGGUUCAACCCUGGCCAGCCUGAGCCCCUGCUCCAUCCCACAGAGGUUGUAUCGACAGGCCCAGUCCCUGCUGCGCUCUCUGCUGCCCUGGUCUAACAUUGCCUCCAAGACUGGCAUUCAGUACAGCAGAACAAUGUGACAACGUGAAGCGCCAACUCAUCAGUCUUCCUCUGUACACAUUAAGAGGCAAUUCAUGCUUUACGCAUCCACAUGUCCACUAAGGUUGAGUGAAAUAAUUUUCAUCAUCUUCCCAGGUCCCAGAGGGUCCAUGUGGACUCUGAGCAGACGUCUGCGUGCAGGCCAGAAGUUAGUCUAUGUGGUUGGUCUGCAUAGCAACAGCCCCAACUGCAUGUGCCACAGUGCUUGGAAACCGUUGGCAUACAUGGACAGAAGGCGAACCCUUGAUUUGAAGGAACACGUAUGCACCCCUGAUCGGUGUACGCACGAGGGUAUGCAUAAAGCAUGAAUUCCCCUUAAGAUGUAUACACACCUUCACCUUCUCGGUUGCCUACGGGUAUGACACUGUUCACACAAGAUCCAGGUUUGCAGCUGUAGUUCUGUGCCCACUUCUAAACUGUGUUAUUGCAUUUCAGCGUCAUUAAAAUUGCAGUGUUACAUUUACACUGGCAAUCUAUGUGAAACCACAGGAUUUCUUUUAGUCAUUCAGUUACUAUUCUCUGACAUCUAUACUACACCAUCCCAUAGUUACUAAAGUAGCCUGUAUUUACCCAGUCAUACCGAAGUCGAGCAGUGUCAAAGUCACUUUUAACCCAGGCUGCAGAGCAGAAUGGAGGACCUGGUUGUCCCAGCCAUACAGACGGAAAACACAUGUUAUUGUUUUGUUGUGAAAGGGAUGCAACACGCACACUGGGAACCAUAGAGACUAAAGGUUUAAGCCCUGCCUGUCUUUCUGUCCCUUCUUCCUGUCUGCAACUGUCACAGAGACUAUGUAUACUGACUGUAUAUUAUAUAUACUAAACUGAUAUAUACAUUUCUCUCAAUAUGUAUGUCUAUUUUAUGCUGUUGAUAUAGGCCUAGUUGAAAUAUAACCUUUUGAGUAUAGACUGAAACCAGAGUCAAUUCCAGUUUGUAAAAUACACAUAUACAAACAUUACAGACACCUCACUGAUUAUGCAGUACUGUUUGAAAGUCUUAUGUAAAAAUAUUAUCCUAAUUCUGAGAAAAAUGGCCUUUCUACGUUGUUUCAUCAUGUCAUCCAUGUAUAGUUCACACAAGAGUAAGGGAGAGUUUUUUGGGGUUCUUGUUAGAGGUUUGAAAUGCUAACGGCCCUGUCUGCCUGCUCUAUGGCUGUACAAUUCCUGCUUGUGUGGAGAAAUGUCUCAUUGUUUCUCCAAAUUUAAAAAAAA